CAGCAGGCGGGCGGGCGGGCGGACGGCACGAAGGGAGGGAGCGAGAGAGCAGUGAGUGAGCCAGCGAGGGCGGCCGCGUCCCGAAAGCAGCCGACAUUCCCGCCUCCCUCUGACCCCCUCCCCGGAGCCCACAGCGCCUCCGGUCUCCAGCGGAGCGGACACGGCCCGGCCCGGCCAUGGCCUCGUUGCUGAAGGUGGAUCAGGAAGUGAAGCUCAAGGUUGAUUCUUUCAGGGAACGGAUCACAAGUGAGGCAGAAGACUUGGUGGCAAAUUUUUUCCCAAAGAAAUUGUUAGAACUUGAUAGUUUUUUGAAGGAACCAAUCCUAAACAUCCAUGACCUAACUCAGAUCCACUCAGACAUGAAUCUCCCAGUCCCUGACCCCAUUCUUCUCACCAAUAGCCAUGAUGGACUGGACGGUCCCACUUACAAGAAGCGAAGAUUGGAUGAAUGUGAAGAGGCCUUCCAGGGAACCAAGGUGUUCGUGAUGCCCAAUGGGAUGCUAAAAAGCAACCAGCAGCUGGUGGACAUUAUUGAAAAAGUGAAGCCUGAGAUCCGGCUGCUGAUCGAGAAAUGCAACACGGUCAAAAUGUGGGUACAACUCCUGAUUCCUAGGAUAGAAGAUGGGAACAACUUUGGGGUGUCCAUUCAGGAGGAGACAGUUGCAGAACUAAGAACUGUUGAGAGUGAAGCUGCAUCUUAUCUGGACCAGAUAUCUAGAUAUUAUAUUACAAGAGCCAAAUUGGUUUCUAAAAUAGCUAAAUAUCCCCAUGUGGAGGACUAUCGCCGCACCGUGACAGAGAUUGAUGAGAAAGAAUAUAUCAGCCUUCGGCUCAUCAUAUCAGAGCUAAGGAAUCAAUAUGUCACUCUACAUGACAUGAUCCUGAAAAAUAUCGAGAAGAUCAAACGGCCCCGGAGCAGCAAUGCAGAGACACUGUACUGAGGCCAGGGCCAGGGCCAGGGGACUCUGUGAGUCUGGCUCAAGACCGACAUUGCCUUGGUUUGUUACAUGACUAUCGUGAUGGGGAAACUGGCUGGAAGUAGUAAUCACCCCUCUCUCUGUUUUUAGUUAGAGCCUAAUGAAACUCUCAUGUAGUUCUGUGACGUGUUUACCUCUUUUUUCAGGCCUCAGGAACUCUUCUAUUUCCUUCCCUAGUACCCCACGCCCCCCUGUCCUAAUUUCUGGAGACCUCCAGGUUUAUGUAUGCAGGAUAUUGGCACAAGAAUACUUGUGUUUUUUCUCCCUGGCUUUCUCCUGUGUCUUGGGCUUUGUAUAUUCUUCCUCUUGAUGAUCAGUUGGUUAGAAACUGAGGGAACUGGAAGGAGAGUGCUAGGUGUUUUGUAGGAACUGGGGCGGAGUGUGGGGGACCAGCUCCUUUCUUCCUGAUGGGAGGUUAGUGUCCCUUGACAGUGGGACGUUGCAUCCUCCCUGCCACAGUUGCCCUGGUGAUGACUUCGGGUUUCCCAUCUAUAUACAUUGCACCUUGAACCUGAUCAUGACAAGAAACACCUUAGACCUUCUGCCAAGUCCCUAGCUGCUUCAGAUGUUUUUAUAACUAGGAUUUUCACAUACACAUAUGUGUGUCAUAUACACACACAUACACACAUGCAGCACACACAUGCCUUCCUACUCUGUUACUUGAUGCCCCCCUCCCCCCAGCCCUGCCCACCCCCCCAAACCCUGUCUCUGUCUCACACACACACACACACACACACACACACACACACACACACACACACACACACACACACACACACACACACACACACACACACACACACACACACACACACACGUUCAGAAGGUGUUAGGUGUCUUAGUUCUCAUCCACCAGGGCCCAUUGUCUCCUGGUAUUGUAGCCUCUUGGUGCCCGAGGCUGGUGAGUUGGAGGACAACUGAAAGAUGAGAAGCAGGGGUAGUGGGUUCCCCUUCCUCUGUGAUUCGGGUCCUUUGGGGCAUUUUUGCAAAGGCUGGUCCUCUGAAUCCCGGUUUCCUCUUCCCAGGCCAGUUGUAAAUUGGGGUGGGGGUGUCUGCAGCUGUGAGGCCAGAUGCUGCUGCUCCUACUGGGUUUUCCCUUUGGGAAAAAUGUUUUCUUAUUUAUAGUAUUGUGCUUCCAGGGAAAGUGGUCACUUGUGUGUAUAUGUGUGUGCAUGCACACACAUGCAUGUACACAUUGUGUGUAUGUGGAAAUCUGCUGGGCAAGUCAAAACCAUAGAAGAGUUGCCUCUUAUCUCUCAAAUCUUCCAGAGAUGUCACUUGUCACAGCUUUUGUGUUAGCCCUCAUCAACCCCCACUUUUAUUCUACCACUACUGGAGAGUCUGCUGGUGAUUCUCUGUGUCUGUUGCUGACUUUUAUUCUACCCCCGUCUCUGUCUUGCAGCCCCGAAUCAUAUUUCCAUCUGGAUGCAUCAUUUUUCCUCCCAGUGUGCUCUAGAGAAGGAGUUAGGAUGCUGUCUUCCCAUGAAUAGUACUCAGUAACAAACCAAUUGCAUUUUAGUUGGGCAAUGCCCCUACCCACCCUCAGACCCCUUCCAGCUAAAAUGUUCCGUCCUCCCACCAUGUGUUUCUCAGUUUCCCUUUUUGUUUGUUGGAUUGUUCCCAUGUCCCUCCUCCUCACCUUACCACCCUUGGAUCGUAAUGUAAAAUUCUUUUACCAUGUCAAGAAAUUAUUAAAAAUACAGGUACUUUGACCUCUU